AUGGUUUCCUUACCGCGAUGGGUGCGAGUCCCUCGUCCCAAGACUUUCCUAUAUCUCAUGACUCUCCGCACUGGCACAGAGAUGAUUUCAUUAUCGAUGAUAUUCAAUAAAGUCACUGGUUUCUAUGGCCUUCUCGCAGUUCUCGCUGGCCUAAAGUUAUCACCUUUACAGCUUUCGAUGUACAUAUAUUCCGUCGCUGCCCUCGCCCUCACAGCGUUCCUUAUGCCUCAUAUUCGCAAACAAACACCCUUUCAAUGUUUAGCCCUCGCAUGGUUUUAUUUUUUUGAUACGAUGAUCAACACAGCUUUUACCACCGCGUUCGCAUUAACAUGGCUUUUAGCCGUGAGCGCAGAUCAAUCCAAUAAGGGUAUUCCAAACUCCGCUCCAGGAAGUGGCACAAUCGAUGAGACGGCAGGCUUUACGAGUCCGAAAUCCAAUGCCAGUGCGGUGAAUAUGGACGGAAAUGCCGCUGGAGUAACUGUUGAGCAAAGUGUUGGAAUUGAGGAAAGCGUUCCAAGUAUCAUUGUCGUUACGAUUUUGACAUUGAUUCGGGUAUAUUUCAUAUUGGUGGUUAUGGCAUAUGCACGACAAGUCUUAAGACAAAACAUGUACUCGGCCUCUUCAACGAAAUUACAUCUCAACACCGAUGGUAGCACAGAUGCUCGCGCAGAAAAUCCCUUCGCGGUAGACUCACCACAAGGACAAGGUUGGAAAGGAAAGCUCGGUAGACUUAUGGUGAAAGUCGGAGAAGGAUAUUGGCUUGGUGGUCAUGUGGAUGAAGCUUGGGUUAAGGGCUUGGAUGGACGAUUCAAGACUCAAAGGACAUUCAAUGGACCUCCAGGUACCGUCGAGAGAGAACGAAGAGCGAGAAGCGGAACGGGACCACCUGUACCUGCUAAGGGUCUCGGCAUUGGGAAGGUGUGGAUAGGAAAGCAACAGCAUAAAGUGGUGGAAGUUAUCGACGAGCCGUUCUGUCAAUACAUUUCGGAAGAGCCGGAUUAA